AGCGCCCGGGCCGGCCCUCCCUCCCGGGGCGGUGCCGCGCAGGAGCGGCGGUGGAGCGCGAUGGAGGSUGGCGGAGGCGCCUACGGGGCGGCCAAGGCCGGCGGUGCCUUCGAUCUGCUUCGCUUCGUGCAGCAGCCGCAGGUGCUGGCACGGAUCGUCAGCGCGGUCUUCGCCCUGAUCGUGUUCGCCUGCCUGGUCGGGGAUGGCUACACGAGCGUGGCCGAGGACCCGCACCUCUUCUGCGUCUUCAACCACAACGAGGACGCCUGUCGCUACGGCAUCGGCAUCGGCGUCCUCGCCUUCCUCGCCUGCAUCUUCUUCUUCAUGGUGGACGUCUAUUUCCCGCAGAUCAGCAACACCACUGACCGCAAGUACCUGGUCCUGGCCGACCUCGGUUUCUCAGGUCUCUGGACCUUUCURUGGUUCAUCGGCUUCUGUUUYUUGACCAAUCAGUGGUCCUGGACACGGGCUGAGGAUGUGUCCAUCGGGGCGGAUUCUGCCCGCGCUGCCAUAACCUUCAGCUUCUUCUCCAUCUUCUCCUGGGGACUCCUGCUCACCUUUGCUUACAAGAGGUACAAAAUGGGGGUGGAGGACUUUGCUCAAAGCUAUGUGGACCCCAGCCCGGAGGUGUCAACUCCCUACUCCAGCUAUCCAAACAUCAGCCAUGAGAGCUACCAGCAGCCGCCCUUCACCCAGACGGCAGAGCCCCCGGAGGGGUAUCAACCACCGCCGGUGUACUGAGUCCCGGAUGCGCCUGCGGGACAGCUGCACCAGUGCARUUCCUUCUGUGGGGUGAAGGGAGGGAUGUGCAACUUGGAGGGGAUGGUGGGAUGGGAGGGUGACGGCUGCUUUGUGUGGAGGUGACUGGGUCUCUUCACGGGGUGCAGGAGGGGCCUGGUGCUGGAGCCGAGCUCCUCAGUGGAGGUUCCAGAGCUCAGUGCGUGGUGGGUGAUGUGGCACACGGAGAUUUGCAGCUGCUGGGUGCACYGACAGCCCUGGCAUGGAUCAGCCUGUGCUCUCGCUGUGUGCCUUGGGGGGGCUGUGGUUCACACUCCCUGACCCCCAGCCAGGCUCUGCCCCUGUGACUGUUCCCCCGGCCCAUCCUAUCUCCAGUGCUUCUCCGUCCUGGUGGCUGCAUCCCCCCAGUGCCAUCUCCCRCUGCUGUAGCACAGCUGGGCCUACCUCCUGCCUGCCCUGGCUUCUGUGCCUUCCUGUCAGCUGCUUCUGGGUGAGCUAUUGCCAAAGCCCCCUUCUCUUGCCUCUAACACCAWGCUGUGCCUUCCCCCAGCCUGCACUAGAGCUGCUGGUGAUGCGGUUUGGGAUCUCUGGGAACCGUGAGCACUGAGAUCCCUCAGCAGGGCCAUGGCUGCUCCAGCUGAAGAAACUCCUGGAACACUUUCCGUUCCCUUGUGUGCCUCCCCAUGRGUGCUGCCUGUGCGAGGCUGUGCUCCUGCACGCUGCCUGUGGCUCCUGCCUGCACUCCAGCCACGCCAGGCGCCUGUGGGGCCGUUGUCUCAGGUUGUGUUUGCUGCUGUGCUGUGGUAAAGCUGUUCCUGGUGGUCAUGKGGGCUGUCAUGGCUGGGGCCAGUGUUCAAGUAGUUGUUACUGUUGGGUUGGAAUAAACUUUUUCACCAAGCCAC